AUGUGGUUCUCAGCUACCAAACUGUGGGAACCUCCUAAAACAUUUUCUGAAUAUCUGGUUUUCCUUGCUUCUGAGUGCCCUUUUUUCUCAAGUGAUCUGCUGAAGAGUCUGGAAAUGGACGAGGAUAAGAUCAUAUACGAAUAUUUGCCAGGAUUGGUCACGGCAUAUGGUGGAUUUGGAUGCAUUGCAUUUUUCUAUCCGGAAGCUCCACUUCUACUCCAUCAGUUUUUCGUCCUGUCGAAUUGUAGUCUUGUUUCGUUAUUUUACCUUCGAUCGUUUCCCGGCUAUACAGCAUGGUUUGUGUUGUGGUGUGUGGCACUUUGGGGUGAGCGAUCUUCAACAUUUAUUCCUUCAUCUAAACUGUGUGAGGCAAACGCCUAA